CAAGUAGCUAGCUAUAUUAGCAACUAACACACCACACAAGUCCCUCUCAAAUCAAGGAUAUUUUGGGCAUCAACUCAUACAAGAACCUUCAACCCUUUUCAUCCCUAGCUAGCACUCCCAGUCGUGACCCUUAGCUUUCAUCAAUAUAUAUGCCCUCAUUCCUCACAUGUAUAAAAUCAACGCAAACGCUUCAGCAUUCGGUACGUAACACCACAAAAUAAUAAACCACCCCCUAACUUCCUCUACUAGUAAACUCCACUCAUUUUUUCUUCAUCUAUUUUCUCUCUUAUUUCAUACAAUUACACACUAACUACUUUAGAAGCUAAACAACCCACCAAGCCAUAUUAUACGUAUAUUUAAGCAAGUAGAUAUAUAUAUAUACAUAUUCCAAUUAUGGAACGCAUAACAAAAUUGGCAUCACAAAAGGCAGUGGUGAUCUUCAGCAAGAGCUCAUGUGGGAUGAGCCAUGCAAUUAAGAGGCUGUUCUAUGAGCAAGGUGUGGGGCCCGCAAUCUAUGAGCUUGAUGAGGACACAAGAGGGAAGGAAAUGGAAUGGGCUCUGUUGAGACUCGGGUGCAACCCUUCUGUGCCAGCAGUGUUCGUUGGUGGCAAGUUUGUGGGUUCAGCCAACACGGUCAUGACCCUUCACCUCAAUGGCUCACUCAAGAAGAUGCUCAGAGAUGCUGGUGCUCUAUGGCUUUAGAAACCUCAUCAUAUACCUACGUACAUAACGUGAUGUCACAUUCUAGGGCAAUGCAAAAAACAGCUAGCCAAACACGGCCUUAACAGAAAGCUAGUUUAUAUUUGUUGUAUAAUAGCCUAGUUUUUUUUUUAAUACCGGCGGCUUUUCGAAUCUACAUUUUACCAGAAUAAUAUCUAGAGAGUGUGCUCCAAUAUAAUCUUGAGUUCUAUAACUUUG